AUGAACGGAAUAAGAUUAGAUACUUUACAAGCGGAAAGCUCCAAUAAGUAUUUGUUAGAAAAAUUAAAAGGGUUAAAAAAAUCAGAAAUAAGAAAAGAAGUUAUAAAUAAUAUCCAAUAUUAUAUAGGAGUAUUGUCAAAUAUAAAUUUAAAAUUUUUCCAAGAUGAAAGUUACAAACUAAUAUAUAUAAUUUUAGAAUCCAUAUCAGAAAAUGAACUAAAUGUUGAAGUUAUGAUUUUAGAUAAAAUUUUAAAUUCUAUAAAUUUGAAAAUUAUAUUAGAAAAAAAUAAUAAUACAAAAUUGAAAAAUAUAAAUAAUAUAUUAUAUUUGAUUAAUAAAUAUGAUCAUGCCCAUAUAAAUCCAACCAUUUUAUUCAGUUGUUUGUUUGAAUCAGUAAUUAUAUUAAUAGAAGCAUUUUCUAAUAAUAAAAUGUGUGAUAAUUACCCAAAAACAAGUUAUACAUUGGGAACAAAACUUAAGCAAGAAGGAAUUCAAACGGAAGGUGAUACAGAUACUGAUACCGAUACUGAUACAGAUAAUGAUACAGAUAAUGAUACAGAUAAUGAUACAGAUAAUGAUACAGAUAAUGAUACAGAUAAUGAACAAUUGCUAGCGAGAAAACGAAAAAAACUAGACAUUAAUUACAAGGAUGUAGCGUCGAUAAAAUUUUCAAAAGAAGUAUCAUUUUGUAAAAAAAGAAAAAUUGAAAAUGAGAAAGAAUAUGAAACAAAUCAGAGCACACCCUAUGAUUUAUGUAAUUUUAAAAAAAUAUAUGAAUAUAUUAUUUAUGUUAAUAAUAUUUUUAGUUUAUAUUUAAAAAGUUCAAAAUUAAUAACAAACGAUAUAAAAAUAUACGCAUUUUAUAAUAAUUUAUUUGGGUUGUAUAGUUAUAUAUGUGAUUAUAUAGAAGAAUUGUCUAUUAUGAAAAGGAAAUACAAUAAUAGAAAAAUGUGUAACAUUAUUAUUAACAAUUUAUAUAUAUUAAAAGAUAAUAUUAAAAAAAUUGUUAUUACAAACUUUGAAAAUAUUAAUUAUAAUUAUUUUAAAAAUCAAUACAUACAAUAUUUAAAAAAAAAAUAUAAACUAAAUAUAAAUUAUAAUUAUUUUAAUUUUGGGGAAAAUGAAAAAAUAUUUGAAAUUAUUUAUUUAAUAAUAAAUAAAAUAUCGAAUGACAAACCUUGUUUUUUAUAUGAUGGCCAGAAUAAAAAAUUAAAUUGUCCUAUAAAUUUGAAUAAAAAUAAAAAAGAGAAAAUACAAUAUUUUUUUGAAAAUGAUUAUGAUUUAAAUCAAAAACAUAAAUUUUUUAAUAUUGAAAAAAUUAAAGGAUGUAUAAAAAUAUUAAUUUAUAUAAUCAAAUUUUUUAUUACAAAAACAGACAAUUUGCAUUCUUCAUAUAUUCAAAAUUUUUUUUUAUUGUUUAUUUUAAUUCCACAUUUCCAAUUAAAUGUAUAUACUAAUAAAAUUGUUAAAAAUGAAUACUCUAAAUUAUUUAACGUCGAUAAGAUAAAGCCAGAUGAUAAGGAAAAUAAUACACACUCACAUAUAAAAUCACAAAAUAAUAAAAUUAAUAAAAAUAAUAAAAAACUGGAAGAAAAACAAUACGAAAAUGACACUAUAUUGCGAAGACAAGAAAAUAGACUAAUUUUGAACAAAAAGGAAGAUGAAUAUUUUGAAAAUAUAAAAAUAAAAAUACCUAAAUCAUAUUAUGAUUUUGAUAAUACAAUUUAUUAUAUUUCUGAUAAAGAAAUAUAUAGUAAUAUUCUAAUUAUUAUAGAAUAUUCUAAAAUUAUAUUUAAAAUUUUAUAUUAUUUAAACAAAAAAGUAGACAUAAAAAAAGAUACUUAUUUAUCAUAUAAUUUGUUAUAUUUUGUAAAAUAUAUUUUUGAAUCUGCAUUGAAUAGUUUGAUGGAUACAAAUAAAAUUAACAACAUUGGAGCUCUACGGGAAAUUGAUUCAAAAAAUAAAAACGAUCAAGAUUCUACAAAUUUUAAUAAACAAUAUGGAAAAAUAUAUAUAAAGGGAAAACCACAUGUAAUAUUUUAUAAUUAUAAUUUAAAGGAAAUAUUUUCUACAUGUACACCAUGGAUAAAAAAAUAUCACAAAACUGACGAAAAACAAAAUGACAAAAAUAACACUAACGAUGUUGUAGCUAAAAUUUUUACACUAAAAUUAAAUGAAAAAAAAAAAAUAAAAAUAAAAAAUAUAGCAUACAUAAAUUAUUUAAUAUAUUUAUGUCAAACUAAUUUAUUCAAUAUUGUAUAUAUUAAUAUUAAAACACAUAAAGUUAUAUUUUUUACUUUUUUUUCAUUUAUUAAACAAAUUAUUACAAAAAAUAAAUAUUCAAAUAUAAAUAAAUGUAAUAUAGUAAGCGGAUCAAUACCUAUUAACAAACAAAAAAAAUUUCAAGAUAUUAUUUAUUGUUUUAAUGAUUGUAUUAUUAAAAAUAUUUUAAAUGUAUAUAUUAACAUUUUUAAGCUUGAAGAUUUUUUUAAAUUUGUCUAUAUUUAUUCUGGUGGGCAUUAUAAGAAUAAACAAAAUAAAUAUAGAAUAAUAAGUUUUUUGUUAAAUCCUAUAUUUUUAAAUGUAAUAAAAAAUAAUAUGAAUAAAUUAAUAGACCAAUCAAUUGAUUUGUUUCAGUAUUUUAUCACGAUAUAUGAAUCUUAUAUAAAUGAAUUUAAUAUAUUAUUGGAAAAAAUUAUUUCUUUGAUAAAAAAUAAUAACAUAACUUCAAAUAAUACGAUUUAUCAAGUACAUAACUACACAGAAAAUAUUAAUACCUUAGAAGGAAAUGACAAAGGAUCUAUAAAAAAAUACGAAUGGACAUAUCAAUCAAUGUUUAUUAAUAUUGAAACAUUGGAGUAUAUUAUUUGUUGCUAUAUGAAAUCAAUAAAUAAAGGAAAUAUAAGUGAUAUUUUUUUAAAUUUUAUUGAACAAAUAUUAGUUUUAUAUUUAAAAAAAAAAAAUAAUAUAGUUAUUUUUUAUGAACAAGUCAGGGGAAAAUUAAUUGACAAGCGACUAUAUAAUUAUGAAUAUAGUAUAUAUAUUUAUAUUUUUUUUUUAUAUAAUAUAUCAAGAUUAACAACAUUUUCUUUGUUAAAUAACAAAUCAAAAGAUAGCAAAAAAAUGCAAGAAAAUCAAAACGUGAAAAAUAAAUUAUGCGCAAUUAUAUCUUUAUUACAAAAUUGUUUUACUAAUAUUGAAGCUAUAUAUCACCACUCGGUGAAUAAAGGAGAUAUUCGAAAAUUUUUUGAUAUAUUACACCUUAAUCUUGAAACCCUUUUUUUUUACAUACAUUUUGCUGAGUUUGGAUUGUUGGAUAAGAACAACCUUCUGGACAACCUCACGAUAAUCACAAACAUUUUAAAAAAAAAUGCAUUGGAAAACUAUAAAUACAUAAUGAAGAAAAGAAUAUGCAAUGUUAUUUGUUACUUUUUUAUUUAUAACUAUCCUUAUUUAUGUAAAAUAUUUCAAGGUGACAAAAAUUUUGAAGAGCUAUAUAUGAAUUUUAUUCGAAUAUUGUAUAUUGAUAUAAAUAUAAUAAAAACAUAUUAUAAUUAUAAAAUUUUUAUAUAUUUUAUUAAUAUUAUUCAAGAAAAUAGGAAAUUAUAUGAAUUAUUUGCUGAACUAUUUAUUCUACAUGCUAUUUUAAUUAUAAAAAAUUGCAACUCUACUUUUAAUUUGAAUAGUAUUGUGGAUAAAGAAGAUGAUAAUAACAAUAUUAAUGAAGCAAAUUAUAUUUUUUAUGCAAAAAUGCUAAUAAAAAAAAAUGAACAAUUUAUUUAUCAAAAUGAUUGGUAUGAACAAUUUAAUUUGAAAAAAAAAAUAAUAUUAGCUAUAAAUAAAAAGUUAGACAGAACAGAAAAUAAUAAUGAAAAUGAGAAUUAUAAAGAAUAUAAUAAUUAUACCAAUUUUAAAAACAACAUGAUGAGUAUAUUCUAUGAUAAUAUGAAAAAUUAUUUUCAAAUUGAAAUAAAAAUAUUUUCUGAUCAAUUAAAAGGAAAAAAUAUAAAUAAAUCUAUAGAUCAAAAAAGUUUAAUUUUUUUAACUGGCAUAUUUACUGCUUUUAAUGAUAUACAAGGAAUGGAAAGAAAUUUAUAUACAUUAUUAUCAACAAUAUUAGAAAAUUAUAAUUAUUAUAACAUUUAUUAUGAACAAAUUUUAAUAAAUAUAUUAAAUUGUUUUAUAAAACAUUUACACGAAAUAAAUUUCCAAGAACAAAAUCAAUUGACAAUUUCUAUUUUUAUAAAAUUAUCUUUUUAUGUAUUUAAAAUUGAAAAACAGCGUAUUAUAGCGAAUAAAAAAAAUAGUUUCAGAAAUAAUAAUUUGCUAGCCAUGAAGUUAUUUUUCCACAUAUUUUUUAUAAACAUAGCAAAAAAUGAGAAAACAUACUUAAGCGAUGAAAAAGAAACGAAUGUAGAUUCAGAAAAAAAAAAAAAUACUGAUAAAACAUCUGAAAUAAUUAUGUCUUGUAAUUUCGUUGAUAUCUCAAAAAAUGAGGAAGAAAAUAAAAAAGAUAAGCACAAAAAGCUUAAUAAAAUAUUCAUAAAAAAUGAAAAAAUAAAAAUGUGCUUUAUUUUUUUUAUUAAAUAUUUUAUAUUAAUAUAUGAUAAAAUUAGUAAGGAAAACGAAGGGAAUGAAUUAUCAAACAUUAAUGACGAAGAUAUUGCAUAUUUGACUAAUUCAAUGUUUGAAAAUAUUCCUAAAGAAAAAACAGAAGGAAAUAAAAUGUGUAGUAAUGAUCAGAAUUCUAAAAUAGAUGAAUUGUUAAUUAAAUUAAAGGAAUUUAUCAUAACACUGCUAAAUGAUAGUAGAAAGGAAAUGAUAAAAUUAAAUGAAUUUUUUUUAGAACUUAUUGAAUUUAUAUUUUUAUCAUUUAUUAUAGAUCAUGGUGUAUUUAACUAUAAUACUAAUGAAUAUAUCCUUAAAAUUAUUAACAUGUUCAAAAGCUUUAACAUAAAAGAAAUGUUUUGUUCAGUUCAAGCAGAAUAUAAAACGUUUGUUUCUACAAUUUUUGUAUUUAAUUUAUUUAAUUUUGAAAAUACAAAAAUAGAGGAUAUAGACAGUGAAAACGAAGAACAGAAUAAAAAAGAAUGUAUAAUUAUAUAUGAUUUUUUAUUUAAUUAUAAUAAAAUAUUAGUAGAAUGUCAAGAAAUAAAUUCAGUUUUUGUUUGCUUAAAAUUUAAUGAUUUGAUUAAAAAUAUUUUUAAUUUUAUAAAUUUUACAGUUGAUGAUGUCAAAAAUAUAUUAGCAUAUAUUUAUCAGAAAAUUAACGAUUUUUAUACAAAAGAAAAAGAAAUUAAAAAUUUUUUAUAUUUUUCAAAUAUACAUAUAAUAACAUUAAUAUUUAUUUAUACAAAUAAUCCACAGUUUGUAUCACAUGCUAUAUUUCUUGAAAAAAAAAUAGACAAUCUUAUAUCUUUUACAAAUAUUUAUUUUUCUUUCUUAAAGUAUAUAAAUCAAAUACUUGAUUGCAAACAAAUUUUUCAUAACACUCAGAUAUUUUUUCUAUUAUCCCAUCUUAUUUAUAAAUUGUCACAACUUUUUGUUUUUUUUUUCAUUAAAAUGAAAAUGUCCUCAAAGAACAACAAAUAUUCCUCCUUAUUUGUAUUUGUAACUAAUUAUUGUAGUCUUAUUAUUAGAACAUUGGAUUUAUUAAAAAAGCAAAUAUCAAAAAUCAAUGAUAAAGAAAAUGAUAAAUUGGAAAACGUUUUUAUGACGCAUUUUUAUAUUAUAAAUAAUUCCCAUAUAUUCGAAAAAAACAAGUUUUAUUUGUAUUUAAUUAGUCACCAACUUUUUACAAUAUUAUAUGAAUUUUUUAAUAUACAAAUUAACGAGAAAAUAACAAAUUCUCAUAAAACAAUCAUUGAAAUAGUAAAGAAAAGUGGAUAUGGUAUAAACUUUUUUUGCUCAUAUAUAGAUUCAGUUCUAUAUCUUGACAGCAGGGUAAACAAAUUGCUACUUCGCAAUGCUAAUGGUUUCGCUCAAUUGUUGAAAAAAAAUAAAGAAAUAAUAAAUUUGUCGAAAAUUGCCUAUCCCAUAUUAAUUAAAAUUAUAGACAUUUAUAACAUACUUGUUAAAAAAAAUACAAUGGAUGAAGAUAAAUAUGAAGAAAAAAAAGCUCUUAAAAAUAUAUUCCAAAUUAUUUUAUCAUUGCUUGACGAAAGCUCGACUCAGUUAUGUUAUUCAUGCUUGAAUGAAAAUAAAAGAAAUAUUUUUAAUUUUCUUUCUAAUUAA